CCUGGCAGAACAGCGGAGAUCUGUGAGCAACUUCCAGCUUCGACACUUGGAAUACUGGGCCUUGCGCAUUCUGAAUAUCCUCACCUAUCAAUAUUCGCGUCCGAUACCACGAACAUGGCGCAAGAUCCGAGAGCACUGUUGCAAAAAGCGGAGAAGACGGCGCAAUCUGCGAGUGGUGGAUUCUCUCUUUUUGGCGGCAAAACGGAGAAGCUAGAAAGUGCUGUCGAGCUCUACACCCAGGCAGCAAAUGCCUUCCGCAUGCAGAAAUCUGGCAAGGAAGCCGGCCAGGCUUUCGAACGAGCAGCAGCGAUUCAGCAGCAGAAGCUGAAUGAGCCUGAUGACGCCGCAAACACUCUCGUAGAGGCUUUCAAAUCGUAUCGGAAAGAUGAUCCCGAAGACGCUGCUCGUUGUCUGGAACAAGCCAUCCAUCACUACACAAUGAAGGGCAACUUUCGACGAGCGGCGACACACAAACAGAACAUUGCAGAAGUGUAUGAGCUGGAACUCGGUGAUCAGAAGAGGGCCAUGGAAGCGUACGAGACGGCUGCGGGAUGGUACGAGAAUGACAAUGCGGAACAGCUCGCUAACAAGUUGUACCUCAAACUCGCUGAUCUCUCUGCGCUCGAGGGUGACUAUCUCAAAGCAAUUUCAAAUUACGAGCGAAUCGCCAAAUCAGCUAUCAACAACAACCUCAUGAAGUGGUCCGUGAAGGAGUACUUCUUGAAGGCCGGUAUUUGCCAUUUGGCAAACGCCGACUCAGUCGCCACCAACCGAGCCUUGGAGUCAUACCGCGACCUUGACCCGAGCUUUUCGCAGACCCGAGAGCACCAAUUACUAUGUGAUCUGACGGAGGCUGUCGAUGAGGGUGACCAGGAUAAAUUUGCGGACAAGUUAUUUCAAUUCGAUCAGAUGUCGAAGUUGGACAAGUGGAAGACGACAUUGCUCCUACGGGUCAAGGAGACGAUCGAGAGCAAGGAAGAAGACUUUGCGUAGGCGUCGGCCCUUCGAGUGUCGUGGAUAGAUUCCAAUCUCAUUCUUGAGCGAGUGCAUUGAACAAGGUUGUCGAGCUUUGGUCCCCCGAGCAUUGAAAUAUAUGCGAGGAGAGAGCGGCUUCAGUUACGUGUGUAUUCUUCAUGUCUUGGACGACCCGCUCGCUUUUGAAUCUUCUGGGCGAGCAGGAACCUGCGCCGCACCAGCAUCUAUCGGCACUUGUUGCGCCGAUGAAGAUGUCUCCUUGGGCCCGAACAAAGCUUGUCGGAUUCCCCAGGCGAAGCCGCCUCUUUCAGCCUUUCCAACCACGUCUCGCCUGACCUCCCUGAGAUCACUCAAUAUCGCAUCGCUUAUGGCUGUAUCCUUGUUGGCCGGUUGUAUAUGUUGCGCCGCAAAAUUGCCUUCUCUUUCAUCCUUCUGUUGCUGUAGUGCUGGCUGAAAUGAGGUGUA